GAGCUGCCUGGCUGCAGCAGAGGAGUUUGAGUAGUGAUAAAGAGAAAAGGUGUGUGCAACAGAGAGGGAGAAAGAGAUGGAAUGAAAAGAAGCCAAGAUCACUUAAUGCCAGCUAACUGAAAGCAGAGUCCCUGGAAGCUGAGCAUGACUAUAGUGUAACACAGGAUCCAACUUUCACCGUAUACUUUUAUUGAAGAAUCUAUUUUGUGGUUUCUCAUUCCAGACUUCCAUUGGUUUAACAAGAGCUACACCAGACAGUGAUCACCAAUGGCUGCUGGCCUGGAGAAAGCUUGUCACCGGUGCAUAUCUAAAAUUGCCAGCAACGCAUGCUUUAUUUUUGGGCUUCUUGCUUUCCUUGCUUUACCACUGUCCAUGACUUUUACAGGAAUGAAGUUUUUGGAAGACUGCCCACUACAACCACUAAUUCCCUUAUAUCUGUUGGUGGGUGGUGUUGUCGGCAGUUUAAAGGUGACUCUUCUGCUUUAUGACUCCACCAGGAUGCGACAACUGCUUUCCAAAUCUGUCGUGAUUGAUGAUGAUGACGAUGAUGAAUAUCCAUGGCGGCAGAAUGCUCACAAAUACUACAUCCAUCUUACGCUCAGCCUCUUCCUCUUUAUCUGGUUCAUACUUGGGAACUAUUGGGUGUUUUCUGUCUACCUGCCAAAUUUCAUUCCACCUUUCCACCAGCCCCAGGAUUAUUGUGAUAAAACCCUGUACAUUUUUGCUGUUGGAGUUCUUAUCAUUAGCCAUACUGUGCUGUUUUUGCUUAUCUUUUGUAGCUUCUGUAUGUAUUGUUUUUCUAGGCGAAGAUAUGCUGCAGAAGAUGAUUAAAAGCCAUAGAAACUAAACCACAGCUGUUAGGUAAAGGGUGUCCAAUGAAAACCAAAAGGCAAUAAUUUACCAGUGUGUAUGUGUAUAUAGCAGCCAACUAUACUGAGGAAAUUGUGCAAGCCAGUGCCAUCUGGCUCUCUUAAUAUAAUACAUCAUAGUAAUGUAAAAUUUCUGCUAUAGAUGGUAAGCUGCUCUCCUGCUAACUUUUACAUCCAUUUUUUUUAGGAAUUUCAUUUGAAGUGUUGAAAUCAGCUGAGAACUGCAUACAGAAAACUCCUCUCAAAACUUAUUCUUAGACCCUUAGGGAUUCUGUUUUAGCAUAAUACAUUUUCCUCUCAGUUUGUAUAGGUAGCAUGUGGUCUACCGCCACGGUAUCUGCGCACUUCAAUAUCCAUUAGCCUUUUGAGGAUGUAUCAUUGUCCCUAUUUACAGAUGGGGAACUGAGGCACAGAGAGAUUCAGUGAUGUAGCCAAGGUCACACAGGAAGUCUGGUUACACAGGAAGCCAGGAACUGAACCCAGAUCUCUUUACUAUCAGUCUAGUGCCUCAACCAGAAGAUCCUCCUUCCCUUCUGGGGAACAAAAGGAAAUCAAAGUCUAUGUGGGGCAACUUUACUUUCUCUCUCUAUUUGUACAAUAUAAUUUAACAGCACAAGGUAGCACAAAGAGUGCUUUAAAGUCCCCCUUAUGAAGUGCAUAGGGAAAUUGACUAUUUUAGUAUUUUUGGUGUGUGACAAUUUCAGAAUGACGUGGGGCAUGGUAUCAGUAUUACAGAUGAACGUGUUUACUUUGGCAGUGGAUUGAUUGUGAUUUCAGGGGGUCUUUUUGAUUUGUUCCCCUUAAUGAUGUACAUGUGUAAAUCUAUACUUAGUGGAUGGAUGUGAUGAAAGCAGAAGUAUCCACUUUAGAAGCACCAGCAUGCAUGGAGGCAAUUGUCCUGUGGUGUAUAAUGAAACUAACUUAUUAUUGGUCCUGGUAGAUGCUGUUUUUCUGUUGAUUAAUGCAUGUGAAGUGCUCUUUCUGCUUUUGCUCUUACACAGUUACCUGUUAGUCGCUAAGGUGCCACAAGGACUCCUCGUUGUUUUUGCUGAUGCAGACUAACAUGGCUACCGCUCUGAAACAGUUACCUUAGAUGAUCAAAGCAGAGUACUCCCUCUGCCUAGAUUUGACAUCUGUGCUCAAACAUGCAGGCAUUCAACAGCACCAAGAUAACAAAAUGUGGACAUGCAUUUUGGAUGUUCUUUUUAUUAAAUACCAUGCAACCAACAACCUCCCCUUGUACCACAUAGAAAUAAUGCAAAAUUAGGUGUUUGUAAAUGAACUUCUGUUUGCGGUUCAAACUUUGAAAUACCCCCUAGCUUAUUCUGAUCCAUUUAGCCAUUCAUUUGUGGGACCAAGGCUGAACUUUGCUUCAAGUUUUAGGCAAGAGUUCUGCCUUCAGCCAUGAACACAGAACUCCUAAUAAAGUCAGUGGCAGUUGCAUAUGUGCCUUGGGGCACAACUGGGUCCUUAUUGAUUAUAACUCAAUCCAUGGCACAAAGAAGUGCAUGUUAGAAAAUGAUUACAAGUCAUUCCACAGAGUUUGAUUUUAAAUAGGAAGUGGGACAAGAGGCGCAAUUGUCUACUAAGUGGCCAGGUUGUGAGUUGUUAUUGAGGCUGCUCUCGCCCUGCUGGUGUGAUUUAUUCCAUCAAGUCAGAGCUAAAAGUUAGGAUCAAGUGUAAAAUUCUCCAGUCCAUUAUAGCCACUCGAAAGAAGCUAUAGUUUGACUGACUAUGCUCAGGAGUGCAAGGAAUAGGGACACGCAACACUGCUGGCAGCACUUACUGGCCCUGGAAUCCCUUCCCCUGUUCCACUUAAGAGAGUACCAGCAGAGGAGCAUGAGCCACACUUUUCCAAAAGUGUAUCAAGACUUGCUUCUCACCACACUCUCCACAGUCUUUCUGGGGGCAUUUUGCACUGCCUAGGCAUCAUUCUUGCCACUGAUGGAAUACUAGAAUUGCCCCCACCCAGCCACCCAAGUGCUCCACUGACUCAUAGUUUUGGCCCUUGGAUUCCAGUGCAGAUAGAUCUGUUCCAUAAAACUCAGUUCAUCCCAUCUGAAUAAUUUCAUCUUACAUGAAUAGCACUUUUCAUUCAUCAAGAUCCCGAAGUGCUUUACAAAUUUUACCAAAGCAGGAAUCCCUUCACCCACUACUGAAGUGCAAUCACCUCUGAGUCACACACAGCAGCUGUUUAACAGUGCACAACAACUUUACACAAAAUCUUACAACACGAAGUGAAGAAAAAAAAUCAUAUUCAAUUGUCACUGCAUUGGGAAUUUAAAAAGGCAGAAGAUAGUUACUCAAACUACAUUCAUAAGACAAGGAGUACUUGUGGUAUCUUAGAGUCUAACAAAUUUAUUUCAGCAUAAC